AAUUUAUUUAUUUAUUUAUUGAUUUAGUAUGCUAAAUUAUUGAAAAAUUAAGAUUAUUUUUUAAUUAAUUUUUACUACAAUUAAGUAGAUAUUUUAAAGAUAUUAUUGAUUAAAUUAGGGAACAAUUUUAUUCUAUUAGAGAUGGACGAUGGUGAAGAUUAUGGCCUACACUUAGCUUUGUAAAAUAAAAAAUCAAAGUUUAGAGUAGAAAUAAGAUAAAGACAUUAGCAUGCAACUCUAUAAUCUAAUAGAACUAGGCUAUUAUAAAAUAGAGAUUAAAUGAAUUAGCAGUAGUAGUAGAGCUAAGUUAAACAAUAAAUUAAUAAUGAUUAAGAAAAUAGAUCAGUGCUUUAAGAGAUACUUAUUAAUAUUGGGUAGUUGAGAGAGAUGUAAAAGGAAGAAUUAGGAAAACUAUUUGAUUAAUUAAUCGAUUAUAUUUUAGAAUAAAUGUGCUUAGACUAAGUAAAAAUUAAUGAGUUCUAAACAAUAUUUAGCGAAGAAGCAAAAUCUAUUUUUUUGCUAGAUCUACUCUUAUCAAACUAAAAUGAAUUUGAGUAUACUUUGAAAUAAAUAAUAUUAUUAGGUAAUUGCUUAUGUUUUAGUGAAGAAAUGUGUAGUAUAUUUAUGAAAGGUAAUUAUAUGUAGAAGCUCAUGAAUACUAUGUAAAUCUAUAGUAAUGAACCUAAAAUAAUUGACAAAUGCUUACACUGCCUUUAUAAUAUUUUUAGCUAAGAAGAUUUUAGAGAUAAAAUCAUAGAUUAAUAUCCAAUAAUCAGCUAUAUUGAAAAUCAAUACCAGAAUGUAUUUUAAUUACCAUCACUUUAAAAAGAAGACUAAUUCAUAACUGCUCUGCUAUGUACUACGGAGAAGCUCUUUUUAAACCCUCCACAUAUAAAAUGUAAAAAACUAAAUAAAAUAAUUUAAUACUUACAUAUGAUGAUUAUAAAUGCCUUCAAAUUUAAUGAUCCCGAAUACAUUUUUAAUCAAAUCAUAAGUAUAAUUUUGGAGUAUCUUGAAAACAAUAAUGAUCGAAAUAUUUAAUGUUUUGUGUAGAAUAAUUCUAAGUUAAUACAUUUUUUGGUGAAUUGCAUAUACGAAUAAAAAAAAACUUUAAAAUAAAGCAUUUCUAACAUGUCUACUUAAAGUUAAAUGACAGAAUAAAUUAGCUAAGGCAAUAAAGCAGAUGAAAAUAAAAAAUUGAUUAAUAUUUUAAACAUAUUUAUCAAUAUUACUGCUUUAGAUACAAAAUAUGACAUUAAUGGACUCCUUUACAAUUUAUACAAGUCUACUAAACUUGUCUAAAUUUUGGGAUCAAUCCUUUAACCUCAUUAAAAGUAAGUUGAAAUCAAUAAAAUAAAUUCAUAUAUUGCUACAAUCUUAUCAAAUAUUGCUUUGGGUGAUUUAAAAACAUAAUAACUUAUCUUUAAAGAUAAAAAAAUUCUUAAAAAAGUAAAUAGCAUUUUAGACGAAUAAAUAUGGGAUGAGGUUCAAAUGGAGAUAAUUAAUAUUCCAAUAAAUCUUGCUUGUUUAUCUACAGAAGAUAGCGUAGAUUUGGUAAUAGAAAAUGGAUUGUUUGAAUAAAUAUCUAAAAUAAUUAAAUCUUACUUUAACUUAAACAGUAAAACACUUAAAUAUGCUUUAUUAGGUAUUGAAAAUAUUCUAGAAAGCAGUGAAGAGAAGUUAAAAAAACAAUAAAGUAAUAUAAAUCAAUAAGCUUUAUUUUUAAUUUAGCAAGGGUAUUCACAAAGCUUUGAGGAACUUUUUAACCAUGUAAAUGAUGAAAUUAGCCAAAUUUCUGAAAGAAUAUAUGAAAACUAUUUAAAAAAAUACUGAAAACUCAUUUAUUUAUUCUUCUUAUCCUCAUAAAAUUUGAAUUACUGAUUGCUAAAUAAUUAAGAGCUAUAAGAAGAGAAGAAUUUAGAUUAAUAAAAUGAAAAAAAUUAAAAAAUAAUAAGAAACUGAAAAUUAAAUUCUAAUUAGUUCAAAAUUCAUUAUUUAUCUUUUAAAAUUGUACAAAAAUAUUUAUUUUAAGGUAUGCAAAUUUUCGAGUAUAUAUUCAGUCAGAUUUCAUAAA